AUGAUGUUGUUGGCAUACCUACCCAUUGGAUGUGCGGUGUUUUUGAUUCGUUUGUUUAUUGGUGUACACACGUUCUUCGUUGCGUGCCUACUACGAAAAUCCACCAUUAUCCGGUCUGUUGUGCUUCGCAUCAUGUGCGCAAUACUAGGCAUCGUAGUUCAAAGUGAAGGAAAGAGAUGCUCUAAAGUGAAUAUAAUUUGUGCGAACCACGUGAGCGCCUUAGACCAUUUGGCCGUGGACCUUGUUGAGCCAUGCGUACUGCCAUCAGUGUGGGAUAUCCCUUCAAUAAUCAGGUGGUGUUUUGGAUACAUCGACCUCGGUGCACGAGAUGGACGUGAUGAGCUUGUGCGACGAGCGAGACAACAUGUUGAUAGCGAAAAUCUUCCUCUGCUGUCGUUUCCUGAAGGUGCUAUAACAAGCGGUCGUAAAGGCCUAUUGAAAUUUAGUUCCUGGCCCUGCGAGAUUUCCGAUCAGGUGCAACCGCUGACUAUACGUAUCUCACGCCCACUCUUCGAUAUAUCUCCUUCCCUCCUUGGGUCCACAUGGUGGGCCGACGUUGCUUGGUUUGCGUUUCUACCCUUCAGUGUUUAUCAUCUUACUUGGCUUCCUGUUCUGAAGAGACGAGAGCAUGAAACAGUGGAAAGGUUCUCCGCAAGAGUGGAAGCUGGAAUAGCGGAACAUCUUGGAAUAGUUGUUACAAACCUAACACAUAUGGACGCUGUAGAAGCUGCAAAAAGACAUCUUCAUUCGCGAGCAACUCCAACCCCGGUCAGGGUGGGUAUUGCUUCUAGAGAAACUCGUUCGUAUUAA